AUGCUUUCCCGACUUGCUAAGCUUCCAGUACAAUGUGGACAACAGGCUGUUGCCUUCUCCACUACUCGUUCAGUUUUGGGCAGUCAAGAUACUGUCAAGCUUUGGAUUGAUGGACAAGCUGUUGAAUCAAAGGCCACUGAGUGGGUUGAAUUGACAAAUCCAGCUACCAACGAAGUUAUCUCUCGUGUUCCCAAGACCACUCAAGCUGAAAUGAACGCUGCUGUUGAAUCUUGCAAGAAAGCUUACUCUACCUGGAAGAAUACCUCUCCCCUUACUCGCCAACAGACAAUGUUCCGUCUUCAAGCUCUUAUCAAGAGAGACAUGAAGAAACUUGCCGAGAACAUCACCCAAGAGCAAGGAAAGACCCUUCCUGAUGCUGAAGGAGAUGUCAGCCGUGGACUUCAAGUUGUCGAGCACGCCUGCUCUGUUCCAUCUCUCAUGAUGGGAGAAACUCUUCCAAAUGUUUCACGUGAUAUGGACACUUUCUCCUGGAGAGUACCCCUCGGAGUUACUGCUGGUAUCUGCCCAUUCAACUUCCCAGCUAUGGUUCCCCUCUGGAUGUUCCCUAUUGCUCUCGCUACUGGAAACACCAUGGUCGUUAAGCCUUCCGAGCAAGAUCCCGGAGCAACCAUGAUGCUCGUUGAGCUGGCCAAGGAAGCUGGAGUUCCAGAUGGAUGUGUCAACGUUAUCCAUGGACAACACGACUCUAUCAACUUCAUCUGUGACCAUCCUGAUAUUCAGGCUAUUUCCUUCGUUGGAGGAGAUGUCGCCGGAAAGCACAUUUAUGAGAGAGGAUCCAAAAAUGGAAAGCGUGUUCAAUCAAACAUGGGAGCCAAAAACCACGGAGUUGUUAUGCCUGAUGCCAACAAGGAACAAGUCUUGAAUCAACUCACUGCUGCUGCCUUCGGAGCUGCUGGUCAGCGUUGUAUGGCUUUGACUACCGCCAUCUUUGUCGGAGAAGCCCGCUCCUGGUUGCCAGAGCUUGCUGAGAAGGUCAAGAAGCUUAAAGUCAACGCUGGAUGGAUCCCAGAGACUGACAUCGGACCUUUAAUCUCUAAGGCCUCUAAGAGCCGUGUCAUCUCUCUUGUUCAAGGAGCUAAGAAGGAGGGAGCCAAUGUUAUCCUUGAUGGAUCUGAGCAUGUUGUCUCUGGAUUCGAGAAUGGAAACUUCGUCGGACCAUCUAUCAUCGCUGGAGUCACCCCCAACAUGACCUGCUACAAGGAGGAAAUCUUCGGACCUGUCCUUGUUGCCAUGGAAGCUGAAACUCUUCAAGAUGCUAUUGAGAUCAUCAACAACAACCCUUACGGAAACGGUACCGCCAUUUUCACCAGCAACGGAGCUACCGCCAGAAAGUUCACCGCUGAAGUUGAUUGCGGACAAAUCGGAGUUAAUGUACCAAUCCCAGUUCCACUUCCAAUGUUCUCCUUCACCGGAUCUCGUGGAUCUUUCCGUGGAGACAUGAACUUCUAUGGAAAGGCUGGAGUUGCUUUCUACUCUCAAUGGAAGACAGUUACCCAAUACUGGAACGAGGCUCUUACUGAGAUCAAGCCUCAAAUGGCCUUCCCUCAACUUAAUUUUUUGCAAAGAUGUUUCUUCCCUCCUUGGAGAGACAGGGACUUUAAUAAGAUUUUAUUUUUAAAUCAGCAUGUAUUUUCAUAG